AUGGAAUUAGUGAUAGAAAAAUGUAGUGAGAGCCCAGAUUAUGCUGAAGAAUUAUCUGAUAAUGUAUUCAAUAGUGAUAUAGUCACUUCACAUGAAAUUCGCUAUCAAUUUCAAAUCAAUGUCAUCAAGACAUUCAUGUCUGGAAUGGAAAAGAAAGGAGUACCAGUUCCUGAUGCAAUUUACGAUCGGCUUGGUGUUCUCAUGGGAUUACCAGAGAAGGAAUUCGUAGAAAGGCUGUAUCUUAAUGAAGAAGGUGACAAGGUGCUGGCUAAAUUUUCCGAAGCAAUCAAUCAGCUCUCGAUGGGAACAACUGGAUUAUCAGUUUGGCAAGCAUCUUGUGAUCUUGCAAAUCUAUUCCGUCUAGUUCCUUCAUCCGAGUACAAGCGAGUUGUAGAGCUGGGCUCUGGGUGUGGAGUCAGUGGGAUGGCGAUUUCAAAAUUAAGUAAUUGCGAAGUUGUUCUCACUGAUUACGAUGAUAAUGUGUUGGAUUUGCUGAAGAAAAACGCGGUGAAAAAUGGACUGAUGUCUGAAGAAGAUGGAGACACAUCAAUAAAUCAAGCCAAAAUUCGUUGCCUUGACUGGUGUGAUUUCGAUUUCACCGAAUGGAAAGAACCCGCGGAUCUCAUUAUUGCAGCUGACGUUGUCUACGAUACUGCACUCCUCGCAUCCCUAUGCAGUGUGCUUCGUCUUCUACUUCGCACUGCGAAAGCCGCUAUCGUCGCUUGCACAAGACGUAACGAAGCGAGUAUAGGAUGUUUUGAACACCAUUUGAAAUGUGCCAAGCUCGAAAUAGUGGAGUAUUUUGAGUACGAAAACGGCGAAUACCGCACAUUAGACGACCUUUAUUACACUCAUCCGUCGAACUUCCCAUUCUUUUCCUCCCUCAAAACUCCUACAAUUUUUUAUAAUAUUCAGCCGAAGAAAUAA